AUGUACAGCCCAAAAGCCCAGAGGGUGCCCGAGGCCAGGGCCAGGGGCUGCAGAGUGCCAAAGACAGCACUCCUGCUGCCCGCCUACCUGGCUUACCUGGCGCUAGGUACCAGCGUGUUCUGGAUGCUGGAGAGCCCAGCGUCGAAAAACUCCAGUCACAGAUUCCAGAGCGACAAGUGGGCGCUGCUGCAGAACUUCACGUGUCUCGACAGCCCGGCGCUGGAGUUGCUGAUCCGGGGCAUCAUCCAAGCAUACAAAAGUGGGAACAUCGUCUUCGACAACACCACCAGCAUGAGGCGCUGGGAGCUUGAGGGCUCCUUCUUCUUUUCCAUGUCCACCAUUACCACCAUUGGCUACGGCAACCUGAGCCCCCGAACCAGGGCUGCCCGCCUCUUCUGUAUCUUCUUUGCUAUUGUGGGGAUCCCCCUCCACCUCAUAGUGAUCAACCAGCUGGGGCAUCUGAUGCAGCGAGGGAUGCAUGACUGUGUCCGCAGGCUGGGGGGGCCCUGGCAGGACCCAGCCAAGACCCGGGGGCUGGCAGGCGCAGGGACCCUCCUCUCAGGCCUCCUGCUCUUCCUGCUGCUGCCGCCGCUGCUCUUCUCCCACAUGGAGGGCUGGAGCUACAUGGAGAGCUUCUACUUCGCCUUCAUUACCCUCAGCACUGUGGGCUACGGUGACUACGUGAUCGGGAUGGACCCCUCCCGAAGCUACCCUGUGGUGUACAAGUACACGGUGUCGCUGUGGAUCCUCUUUGGGAUGGCGUGGCUGGCCUCGAUCGUCAAGCCGAUCCUGUCCCUUUGGGAGACUCCUAGGAGACCAUGUUCCUGUUCCCACUGCAGCUCCGAGCCCAAAAGCUGGAGACAGUGCCCAGAUGGGGAGGCAGAGGCCCAGCCCCCACAGCCAGGCAGCUGUCCAGAGAGGGCCUUGAGAGUUGGUCAGCAUCCCCCAGCCGCUACUCAAGCGGAAUACUGUGGAAAGGACAGCUAG